AACUCGCUUCCGGAAACCGAAUAUAAACAACGUCAUCGUUAAGCAAUUUCAGAUUCAUCAGCAUGGUAUACGUCUCGGGAGGUCAAAUUCUCGAUAGUAAACCAAGAUGGGGAUUAUCUAUUAUAACGGAUACAUUCUGGGGAAUCAUUGAUUUCGUAUUCCUAUUCUUCAGGAGUUUAUUUAUGCCCGGCGACUCAAAAACAAGAGCUUCAUCCAGUUCAAAUUCAAGGGGUGAUCGAUGGGGAGGCGGAGGCGGCGGAGGCCCUAGAAGACGUAUGGGAGGUUUUGGAGGAAGUUCAAACAGUCCGUCACCUCCUCCAAUGGCUGGCGGUGGAUGA